UCAUACUCAACAAGAAGAUUUUUUAGUGUCCAAAUGGCAUCUCAAUUUGUUUUGUUAUUGGGAUUAUUAUUGGCUAUAAUUUGUUCUGUUGCUUUGGCAUCUGACAAUAGUCCUCUUCAAGACUUUUGUGUUGCCGACAAGAAUAGCACAUUGCUAGUGAAUGGUUUAGUGUGUAAGGAUCCGAAACUUGUACAAGCCAAUGAUUUCUUCUUUAGCGGGUUACACUUAGCAGGCAAUACAUCAAAUGUAGUUGGAUCGAAGGUGACUCCAGUAACUGUUGCGCAAUUGCCAGGACUUAACACUCUCGGCAUCUCCAUGGUCCGUAUUGACUAUGCACCAUGGGGAAUUAACCCUCCACACACACAUCCUCGGGCCACUGAAAUUUUGACUGUCCUUGAAGGGAGCCUACAAGUAGGGUUUGUUACCUCUAACCUGGAAAAUCAUCUCAUCACGAAGGUACUUCAGAAGGGUGAUGUAUUUGUGUUCCCAGUGAAUCUUAUCCAUUUCCAGCGCAAUGUUGGAUAUGGUAAUGCGGUAGCUAUUGCAGCACUAAGUAGCCAAAAUCCUGGUGUUAUUACCAUUGCAAAUGCGGUCUUUGGGUCAAAACCUGCAAUCCCUAGUGAUCUUCUUGCAAAGGCCUUUCAAGUGGAUGAGAAUAUAAUAGUUCGUAUGCAGUCUAAGUUCUAAACAUUCAUCCCAAAGUAAUAAAUCAAUAACAAAAAUGUGUAAGCCAAUUGUUUCAAGAUAUUAGAAUUUUUAUGUCGUAGUUUACUGUUCAGCAAGUGGAUAUAUUACUUUGUACCAAAAAAAGUUGAUUUUUUAUUCUUUCAUUAUUUUUUGAAUAUUAAUAAAAGAAUCUAGUGCUGCUGUUAGCUCUGUCUUCUCCCCUUUAUUGAUGUA